UGCGUCUUGCCGAAAAGGCUUAAUUUUUAAAGAAUAAAGGCACUUUAGGAUUAUGACAAUUAGGCAUUCUAAUAGGGGCUAUUUACUUAUCUUAGGCCUAAACUUUUAGCACCUAACAUCCACCAUGGCAAACAGAGGUGUUUCCUAUGAUCCAAGCGUUCAUACCAUCGCGGAUUUGAAGGAGUUGGGGUGUCGAAAAAUUCCGGUGAUGUAUCGAGAUUACUUUAACGAAGGCGCUAUGGAUUUAGUGACCCUGAAAGAUAACGAGGCCGCUUAUGACCGCUAUAAAAUUAAGCCAAGGAUUCUUGUCAAUGUUGACAACAUCGACCUAUCUGGUGAAAUAUUUGGAAAGAAGACAGGCUUACCGCUGGGCUUCAGCCCAGCAGCGAUGCACAAACUGGCGCAUCCUGAUGGAGAGGCCGCAGUUUCACGCGCAGCAGCUAAAUUUAAUCUCUGCAUGGGACUAUCUUCAUAUGCGACUGAAUCGCUGGAGACAGUAGCAGCUCAGGGGACGGGGAACCCGUAUAUAAUGCAACUAUGUGUCUUGAAGGACCGUGAAACUAGUCUUCAGAUACUAAGACGAGCAGAAGCGGCCGGAUAUUCCGCUGUCUUCGUGUCUGUAGAUACCCCUCUCCUCGGUCGUCGCCUGAAUGAAUAUCGAAACGGUUUCUUACUCCCAGAUGGUCUAACCUGGCCAAAUCUCCUAUCAGACGGAAAGUCCGAACUCAGAGGAGCGGAACGCGAAACCAAAGAGGCUCAGAAUCACGAUUUUGAUCCUUCGUUAGAUUGGGAUUCGGCGAUCCCAUGGCUCCGAGCUAACACGAAGUUACAAGUUUGGAUUAAAGGAGUUUACUGUGCUGAAGACGUUCAACUAGCUGUUCAACAUGGUUUAGAUGGCGUUGUGGUAUCAAAUCAUGGAGGCCGUCAAUUAGACGGUGUUCCAGCGACCUUAGAUGCACUAAGAGAAUGCGCAGUUGCUGCAGCGGGGCGAAUACCCAUUGCGGUUGAUGGAGGCAUUAGACGAGGCACGGAUAUCUUCAAGGCUUUGGCAAUGGGCGCUUCGUUCUGCUUUGUAGGCAGAAUACCUAUAUGGGGUCUUGCAUACGGCGGACAGGAAGGUGUUGAGCUCGCGAUUCAAAUUCUCCGGGAUGAAUUCAAGAUAGCGAUGGCAUUAGCAGGUUGUCGGACUAUUAAAGAUAUUACCAGAGCGCAUAUUACUUAUCUCAACUCGGAAGGUAUUCUAGCUAGACUUUAAGACGUGAAGGCGUAUUGUUUAUUCUGUAGUUGGGUUGGAAAUCUACUUAGAAGCUUUAGCGGGUUUAGGGUCUAGUUAGGCGGAUAUUUACGAGGAGUAUAGCGCUAAGUCUCACUGUAAUUAUAAUCCUCGCCCUCUUGACGAAAUAAAGACCUUUUGAGCCGAACAUGAUCGUUAAAUG